CUCGAUUAAAUAUGGAUCCCUCCCAACCUCUAGUCUACCGCUCAUUACCCCCCCCCAAAAUGCUGCUUCGUCGCGUCUUGUUCCCCGUCGCUCGCGUUCGGGCUCGUUACCUGCGCGUCUCGCUUCCCUCCACGGCUCGCAAGCUCAAGGAGUUCAAGCUGGCCGACAUUGGCGAGGGCAUCACCGAAUGCGAGGUCAUUAAAUGGAACGUGAAGCCUGCCAGCUCAGUCCAGGUCUUCGAUCCUCUUUGUGAGGUCCAGAGCGACAAAGCCAGCGUGGAGAUUACCAGCCCGUUUGACGGCGUUGUCAGAGACAUCCUUGUCAAUGAAGGUGACGUCGCGAAAGUCGGUGCAGGGCUCUGUAUCAUCGAGGUGGAAGAGAGCGGAUCUGACGCUGCACACUCUGGCUCUGCUCCCUUGGCGACCCUGGAGAGUGCUACGCCGCCGCCUCAGGAACAGCCUUCCACUUCGAUCAUCCGGGACGGAAGCAUAAAGGGAGAAGUCAAACGUGCGGUUCCAAAGUCGCGGCCGCAUCCAUUAGAUCCCAGAUAUUCUAGCGAGUCGUCUGAAACCUCUCAACCAUCCGGCAAAGACGUAUUAGCUACUCCUUCAAUCCGUUACUUUGCUCGUCAGAGAGACGUAGACUUGACGCUCUUGGUUCCAGGCAGUGGAAAGGGUGGUAGAAUAGAGAAGCAGGACGUCGAAGCUUAUCUGGCAGGAUCUGCGUCGAAAGCCUCGGAGGUGGAGACAGCUGCCGCCAGUCUCGCUUCAGAUGCUGAGAUCACCAUCGAGCUGGGCCGCACGAGAUUGAACAUGUGGAAAGCAAUGACGAAAAGUCUGGAGAUUCCGCAGUUCGGGUGCACGAGCACGUUUGACCUAACGACCCUACACGACUUCCUUCCCAUGCUCAAUUCUCAUAUACCCAAGCAUUAUCUACAGAAGCCACAGAGCCACUCGCCAGUGCCUGUUGUCUCGCCAGCAUCGUUCUACCCGCCUCCCGAUCCUCCAGCGAUCCCAGAGUUUGCGCGUUAUACUCGUCUUACCUAUUUACCAUUCCUGAUGAAGACACUCUCGAAGGCUAUGGCGGAGUGGCCGCUCUUUCGCUCGUCUCUUACCUCUCAACCGAAUUCUUCAGCAGCUGACAAGCCCACCUUAACCAUCCGCCCGCACGCCGAUAUCAGCAUCGCGCUAUCCACACCGACCGGUCUCUACACACCAACUAUUCAGCAUGUUAAUACACGCACCGUCUACGAGAUCGCCUCAGUGCUCAAGCAUUUCGCGCAUCUCGGGCGUCAAGUGCCAUGCGCACUCACGUCGGCUGAGAUGCCCAAGCGUGGAGGGACAAUCACUAUCUCCAAUGUCGGCGGAGUAGGUGAUGUCGACUCUGCGUCCCCCGUGCUCGUGCCAAGUGGCGGCGUAGCAAUCGUAGCUGUCGGGCGGGCGAAGUGGGUGUGGGAUGUGAAUGGAGAGGACGGCAAAGGCGCGAGAAGGCUCAAGGUGCGCAUUAGCUGGAGCGCGGAUCAUCGGGUAGUGGAAGGCGCUGAGCUCAUCGGUUUUAUGGAGCUGUGGAGGAUAUGGAUUGAGCAGCCGCAGCGCUUGAUUGCAGAUUCUGUAUGAUCAAUGUGUGUUUUGGGCAGCAAUUUCUCAUGUGCAGGAAGUUGACAAGCUUGCCCAUAUGGGCAAUGACGGACAGAGGUUGGAUCGGACGAAAGGUAAUUGAUGCCUUUUAUUGCUGCAUGCAGUAUGCCACCUCAUCAGCCUUUCCCUGCCUUUUCCUUGUCACUGUCUGUGGUAUUGUUCAACAGCCUGAUCAUGAUCUUCGCCUGCUUUCUUGCAUGUCUCAGCUGCCUAAACCCCUUAGCAGCUCUAUGGGUCGACCGGUCAUACAGGGACAUGUCUACUUCAGCAGGUGGAUAUUUACACUAAGCAUGUGUUAUCUGUACAAUUCCUCGUUGAAUAUCAGAUCUAGAAGAAAAACAUAUUGUAACCCAUAAAUACACCUUGACAAAG